GUGAACACACUCCUUUUUCUCUCCAUCCCUUCAUCCAAAAACACACAUCAACACACACAAACACAACGCUGUUUCUUCUCUAUUUCAUUGAAGCUUCUUCUUCUUCUUCAAUGGCUAUUUUAACCACAGUUUUUCUCGUCUUUCUUUUCAUAAUUGGCCUCGUUUCGACUCUUUUAAGAAUACCCACAAAGAAAAUCGCAUCUUUAGUUCAACUUCAAUCGCCCUCCACUCAAGAUUCAGUCAAGAAUCAAAACGUCGAACAACAGAAAACCAAGAACAUCAAGAUGGUGAUGGAGAAAAAGGUGAGUUUUGGUCCUGAUUCGAGGGAAAGAAAAGCAGAAUUGAAGAGCGUUUUCGCGACUUUCGACAAGAACAAAGAUGGGUUCAUCACAAAACAAGAGUUGAGUGAUUCACUCAAGAACAUCGGGAUCUCAACAAAUGAAAAGGACGUGUUGGAAAUGGUUCAAAGGGUUGAUGUUAAUGGCGAUGGAUUGAUCGAUUUCGAUGAGUUCUGUCAGCUUUUCGAGUCCAUGAUGAGUCGUGAAGACGAAGAAGGGGAUAAAGUUGAUGAUGGUGAUCAUGAAGAUGGUGAUUUGAGAGAAGCUUUUGAUGUGUUUGAUGGGGAUAAAAAUGGGCUCAUAAGUGUUGAGGAAUUGGGAUUGGUUUUGGAUUCGCUGGGAUUUAAAGAAGGGAAGAAAUUGGAAGAUUGCAAGAAAAUGAUAAGCAAAGUUGAUAUUGAUGGAGAUGGUAUGAUCAAUUUUCUUGAGUUCAAGAACAUGAUGAAGAAUGGUGUUAGUCUUAUUUCGAUUUCUUGAUUGUUGAUUUGGGUAGGAAAAAUCUAUGGUUUUUUCAUGUUAAUUGGUCCAUCGGUUAUAUACUGGUAUAACAAACAGAUUAGAUGUAGCCAUGUAGGUAUUUGAAUCUUUGUGAAAUGUAUAUAUAAUGUUAGGCAAUUUGACUUGAUUUCCCUCAAUUUGUGUUUAGUGGUUUAAAUGUAAUGUUACUAGUUUGGUUUUCAACUAGAAAAUAGUUUUUACUUUUUUCAUGUGUAAGUCAUAUAGGUUUUAAUCAGGAUUUUUAUAUUAUUUUA